CAGACAGACACCUGGUUUUGUUAUCAUUGAAGAAGGGAUGAAGUCACUGUCAAUAUUGCUGGCUAUUUUGUUUACCAAGGUUUUUUGAGAUGGUGAGACGAUAAUUUGCUGAAAAUGUCAUCGUAUACACCUCCAAAUUCAGAUAAUGAGGAAAGCAGAUCAAACUGGGAUCUUCAUCCUCUUUCCCUGACAAGUGGCAAACGAAAAAGUGCUUUUCUGCCCUACAAACCACAUACAACUGUUCUCACAAAUCUCCAGCGUGGCAAUACAGAAGCUAACUUUUGCACAGAGGUCAGUCUAAGCUUCCAUGAACGAGCAGGUCAGGGUGAAAUAACUGAGGAACAAGUAAAGGCUGAAAAAGAUUUCGAUACACCAGAUAAGAAUGGAUACACCCCCUUACACUGGGCCUGCUACUAUGGACAAAUUUCAUCAGCCAUGUUGCUCGUAUCGCAUGGAGCCAAAGUGAACAGGCUCGCCCCAGAUCUGGUUACUCCACUACUACUUGCCGCUGCAGGAGGACAUCAUGAAAUCGUGCGUCUAUUACUGCAAAAGGGAGCUUCUGUGAAUCAUAUGGAUAUUGUUGGAAACACUGCUUUGAUGUAUGCUGCAGCUGGGAAUCAUCCCCAUACUUGCAAUGAGUUGCUUUCAUAUCAUCCCGAUUUGACGGUAUCAAAUGAAGAUGGAGAGACCGCGUAUAAUUUAGCAGUAAGGAAUAGAUGUAAUUUAUCGCAAGCUGUGCUUGAACAUUAUAUUGUGGCGUUGUUGUCGUUAUGAAUGUUAAAAUUGAGAAUAUGUAUGUGUUUAGGUGUAAUAAAGUUUUUGAAUUGCCACUGAA